AUGCAGAUGCUUGUGCUGGUCGGUGUGUGCGCGCUGCUGAUCGCCGGAGCUUCUGCCCGCAACGACAACGGCAAUUUUUUGGACGACAAAUGGUUGACCGGGAGAUGGGACAAAUUCAGAGAUGAGGUGGAGGAACCAGGAACAUGGAGCCCAGGAAAACCAUUCGAUCAAGCUCUGGACCCUGCCAAAGAUCCGUGCCUCAAGAUAAAAUGUGGCCGCCAUAAAGUGGUAGUUGGGGAUGGAGGAGGUUUUAAGGACAUGAAUAUGAACUCACCACUGCUGAAAUGCAAAAGAUGUCCAGUUGUGCACCCUUCACCUGUUUGUGGAACAGAUGGACACACUUACUCCACCAAGUGUAAACUAGAAUAUCAAGCUUGCAUCUCUGGGAAGCAGAUUUCUGUGAAGUGUCCAGGACAGUGUCCCUGCCCUUCAGGAAAUCCAGCAGAGAAGAGAGAAUGUGGUAAUGCGGAGAUGAUUGAAGUGGUCAGCAGAUUACGAGAGUGGAUCACAGUUCUUCACGAGAGUGGCAAUCCCAGCAAGAAAUACAAGUUCCAGAAGCCAGAAAAGAAGGUUGACAUGAGUAAGGUGCCCCUCUGUAAGGACUCUCUAGGCUGGAUGUUCUCCAGACUGGACACAAACUUUGACCUUCAGCUCGACCAAUCAGAGCUGUCCAGCCUGAGCUCAGAGAAGAGUGAUGUGUGCACUAAAGCCUUCCUCAGGUCAUGUGACCCAGACAGAGACGGGCUUGUUUCCAGCCAGGAGUGGUGUUCUUGCUUUCAGAGAUAUCAAGAGGCUCCCUGCCAGUCAGAGAUCACCAUCAUCCACAAACCGCAAGCUGGGAAGAAAUUACUGGGUCCGUACAUCCCCUCCUGUGAUGAGGAUGGCUUCUAUAGGCCUCACCAAUGUCAUGGCAGCAGUGGUCAGUGCUGGUGUGUGGACCGCUAUGGAAAUGAGAUCGCUGGGUCUCAUACCCACGGCCCUGCUGACUGUGCUGUGGAGUCUUCCGGAGAUUUUGGCAGCGGUGACUCUCUGCUCUCAGACGAUGAAGAUGGUGAUGUUGUAAAUGAUGAAGAGGAGAUGGGAGAUGAUGAUGAUGAAUAUGAACAAAUUGAUGAUGAGUAUGGGUACCUAUCAUAAUCCGUUUUCCGCUGUCUUUUUUAAUUAUUAUUUUAAAGCAUUUAAAAACAAGGAACCAAAUAAAUGACAGACUUUCAUUUGGUCUUAAAGCACGUUUCUAGGUGAUCUUGGCAGAGUGCAGUACUAACAUUACUAAAGGGUUCAUCUACCCCUGUGCCGUAUAACAUUUGUACAAAAUUAAUAUCAAUACUCAAUAACCACAUUUCAUUUUUAUUACUUUUCUUAUAUUUAUCCAAAGUGAAUACAUAUAUUGACAGACCUGGAAGUUCAGGAAUUCAUAAGCGGGUUUGAUGAGAGAUUAUUGAGGGUUAAAUGUCUGCACUUAUAAACAUGCACACAAAUACACAUACGAAAUACAUGCCAACACACCUGGCGUCAUGAACUCUUUGCACCUGAUAGGAUGUGAUUUUACCGUCAUGCCAUGAGGAGUUAACAUCCAUAUUCAUACGUCUCAUAACGGUUCACCAUAAAUCACAUACCUACAUUUACUUUUUUUUUCAUCAGCAGAAUGAAUACUUAAAAUUACAGAUAAACUAUCAAAAUGUAUUAGUGUUUGAUAUGUUCUAGAGCAAACGAAAUUGUUAAGACCCGGCCUAGAGUGACCACACAAUAAAAUCGAUGUGACUGCAGUCGAUGUUAGAAGAGAACAGAGUCAUGCUAUUUACAGAGGCUUAAACACACAUACACACACACACACACUCGCACACACUUAUCUUGUAAACACUUUGGCAGUCCUUGGGAAUGAGGUGCCUUUGACGCAACAUGGAGGAGCGGUGGAAAGGUCUGGGGAUAAAGAGAGAAGAUGAUAUUUAGUGUUAGAAUGUAGAACUUGACUGCCAUAUGAAUAAAUAAAAAAAAGAGCGGUUUUUGCGUGACGUUCUCGGUUGUUUUGGUCUAUAGGAGAAAGUGAAAAUGAUUAGUUAGUUUGCAUAUGUUACUGUAGACGACAAAUCAUACGAUAGAUGCUGCUGCUGUCACUUAUUCUCCUCGUCCCUCUUAGUGCUUCUGCAUUUUCUGUCAGAUUUGUUUUCAUGAUGUGCAUAUGAAAAUAUACAUUUCCUUCUUUGGACAUUGUGUUUUCUGGGGAAAAAAAGUUAUUUGGUCAAAUGAGUUUGAUAAUCUGUUUCAGAGGUCAAAGGAGCCACCUUUAUCAGUGUUGUCCAGCUGUUGUAAUGGAGAUAACACAUUUUGGUUUGUUUUUUACAGUAUACAUACAGUAUAGUUUGCUCAAAUAAAGUUACACAGACCAAAACAGAGUUUUUGUAAUAGUAAUUCUGUGUGUGACUUUGUGUGUGUGUGUGUGUGUGUGUG